UUUAAUAACUCUCCAUGUUCUCUCCCUUCUCACUUCUCUCACAGAGGAAACUAGCUUGCAUAACCAUAUAUACACACGCCCCUUCCAUGUGCUUCCGUAUAUCUGGAGACGAAGCUGAACUGUUAGCCUGAUUGAUUGAGAUUGGGAAAUACUGUGAAAGAAGGAAAGCUGAGAUCUUGUGGCAUUUCUGCAAAUGCUCUUCGUUUUCUACUGGGAAUCAAAUUGAACUCGGCUUGAAUAUUGAGUGUGCCAUUUCUUCAAAGGGGCUAUGGAGGCAGAUUGUUUUCACAGAUAGAGUUACCCUCAUUGAAAUUGGUACUGAGAUUUCGAGAUUUAUUUGGGAUCGAAUUUUGGAUUUUGACUACAAGGUUGACGAGGUGAAGGCCAUGAUCAUCAGCCUCCAUUUGCUUACUAUUUUGUUUGUUGCGGGAAAGCGUCCAAUGUCUCGCUGCUUUCCAUUUCCUCCACCGGGAUAUGAAAGAAAGCAUCUACCAGAAGAUGUGGUUCUGCUUAAAGAGGCUAAACCCAAAGAGCACAAAGAGAAGAAGGAGAAAAAAGAUAGGGAGAGGAAGAAAGACAAGGAAAAGAAGGAGAAGGAUGGAAAGGAAAAACACAGAGACAAGAAAGACCGCAAAGGGAAGCACAAGGACAAAAAAGAAAAACACAGGGAUAAGAAAAGGGAGAAAGAGGACCGGGGAAAGGAUAAAGAUAAAAGUAGUGUCUCGGAAGAAUCAACUGUUUCUAGGAAGCUUGAGGAAAGAAGUGGAGAGAACCUCCAACCUGAAUGGCACAACAAACAUAGCCGUUUUGAGGAUGAAGGGAAAUGUUCCCCCUUAUUGCACGGUCAAAAUGGAAAGAAGCCUUCACAGAGCAUCUUGCCCUCCCAAACAACCAAUGGAGCAAGAUCAGUACAGGAACUGAACGGGUGGAUCCAAGAUGAGGAAAAGGGUGGAGGGAGCCAGUUUCUUCAGAGAGUCGCCAAUGUGGGCAAAAGGGAUCAAGGGGCAGCACCUAGGAAUAACGAUGGAGGUAAGAGCUUCCAUGUUAAGAAAGUUGAGUUGCAAGGAUGCAAUGAUGGCGUGUUUACUGGAAAGGCGACGGUCCAAAACCUCGGAGUUGCCAAAAGUAAAAAUGAAGGGAUUCCUAGACCACUGGAAGUACAAAAUGACUCAAGGUUGGAGGACAAAGAGAAGUACAAGGAAGCAUGGGGUAAUAAUAAGCAGGGAGACAAACAGAAAGACAGGGAUAAGAAAAGCCAUAGAAAGGAUAAACACAGGGAGAAGGAGAUGAAAAAGGAGGCGGCUAAUGCAAACAUAGAAAACAAGAAAAGCGAAUCCCUAAAUUCCGGAAAAAAAUAUCUUGUUGAUGCUACUUUUGGUAAAAAUGAAAAUUUGCACGAGGAUGUUGUCGGUGCUGCUACUAAUGAAGCGAGUAUCAAGAAGCGGAAAGACAUGGACACUAAUGGUUUUCUUCAUGAUGGUGAAAUUAGGCCUAAUAAAGUUCAAAGGCUUUCCACAACAGAGAAUGGAAGAAUAUCCACUAAAUUCUCUUCUGGUAAGCAUAAUAUUCCAAACAAAGUUUGGUCGGAUCACGGUGGCCAGUUGAACAAUGGUAUAAAUGAAGCCAAGAAACCAUCUCCAUCUAAACCUAAUCAUCCUUCUGGUGUUAACAAGCUUAACCAUCAAAUUUUUGUACCUCCAAAGACGCCAGAUCCUGCUCCUAGCAAUGUAAAUGAGCCUCCCAAAAUGCAUAAAAUAAAGGACCAUGCUGCUGAAGCAUCAAGGAGGCCUCCACAUCCCGAUUCCAAGUAUCUAAGUCAGAUCUUAGCAGUUCCCACAGUGGGAGACUGGUCCGAGGAAGACGACCAAGAAUGGUUAUUAAGCAAAAACGGCCAUCCAAAUAAGCCCAAGUUAGAACCAGCCGGGGUCAAGGAAGAUCUGCAAGUAUGGUCUGAAGCUGUACAUAUCAAAUCAGCUGAUGUUUGUGCUCUGCCAUAUGUGAUUCCUUACUGAUUCUCGCUCGUUAACUGCUGGUUGAAGAGAGCCAGCCAUUGCCAGAGUUAUCCUCGGCAUCUGCCUCUUGAUAUGGCCGGGUACAAGGCAUCGAUGUUGUGCUGCCCCACCGGUGUCGCAUGUCAUGGAGAGAUACAAUAUUCGACCUGUAUAUUUUUGUAGCAUAGGUGACUUGGCGCUCGUCCUGUCCAUUCUAAUUUAAGCAAGUGCAGUUCUAGUUUCAUGUAUCCACAAUUUUGAUGUGCAACAUACAAAGUGGUGGUGGGCAAGCGACGGAGCCCAUAUAGGCCAAGUCGCCGCCAGCAGGAGCUUGGCCAUUGCCGAACCACAGGGUCAGGAGUGGAGCUAGGUGGGGUCGGGCAGAGAAUAAAUGGAGCAAACAUGGAGCUUUUGAGAGUCUCAACCAUUUUGUAUGGAUGAAAGAAGAAAUAGAAACAAUAAAUAACAACUUUAACAAUUUAUGUAUUAUGAAGUAAUUUUUUAACUUAAUGGAAGUAAUGUGUUUUUUGGGUA